AUGGCAGAUACCAGAAUCGCCCGUACACAAAUACAUAAAGAACCGCAGCCUCUCUUGUCACGCUCUCGGCCGAAAUUCUAUGUCACUGCCCUGCUCAGCUCUAGAAACAUCUCCCACAUUAGAGAAGUCCAUGCCCAAGUGGUUGUCAAUGGGAUGCUCCAAAAUCUCACUGUUGCAAACAAGCUGCUUUACAUGUAUGCCCAGCGUAGAGUUUUGGGUGAUGCUUAUGCUCUGUUUGGUGGGAUGGGGGAGAGAGAUUCAGUGACUUGGAGUGUAAUGGUUGGUGGGUUUGUAAAUGUUGGUGAUUUUACUAAUGGUUUUGCAACAUUUAGGGAGCUAAUUAGAAGUGGGGUGACCCCUGAUAUUUAUACAUUGCCUUUUGUGAUUAGGGUUUGUAGGGAUAUGAAGGACCUGAAAAUGGGCAGAUUGGUUCAUGACAUUGUUUUGAAACAUGGGUUGCUUGCAGAUAACUUUGCUUGUGCAGCGCUCGUGGACAUGUAUGCAAAAUGCAAGGUUGUAGAUGAUGCUCGUCAACUGUUUGAUAAAAUGCAGAACAGGGAUCUUGUAACGUGGACGGUGAUGAUUGGUGCAUUUGCUGAGUGCAGGAAUGCUGAUGAGUCCUUGGUUUUGUUUGAUUGGAUGAUAGAAGAAGGUGUUGUGCCGGAUAAGGUUGCUAUGGUGACUAUUGUUAAUGCUUGUGCAAAAUUGGGUGCUAUGCAUAGGGCUAGACUUCUUCAUUAUUAUAUAUGCAGGAAUCAGUUUUCCUUGGAUGUGAUCUUAGGAACGGCAAUGAUUGACAUGUAUGCUAAGUGUGGGUGCAUUGAUUCCGCGAGGGAAAUUUUUGAUAGGAUGCAAGUGAAGAAUGUUAUAACAUGGAGUGCCAUGAUUGCAGCUUAUGGUUAUCAUGGACAUGGCCGAAAAGCUAUUGCUAUUUUUCAUUUGAUGUUAAAUAGUGGAGUAUCACCAAAUGUGAUCACAUUUGUUUCACUACUGUAUGCUUGUAGUCAUUCAGGCUUGAUUGAAGAGGGUCUUCGGAUUUUCUCUUUGAUGUGGGAUGAAUUUGCUGUCAGAGCAGACAUCAAACACUAUACUUGUAUGGUCGAUCUCUUGGGCCGUGCUGGGAGACUUGAUGAGGCCUUAGAAUUGGUAGAGAGUAUGGCAGUUGAGAAAGAUGAGAGACUCUGGGGCGCUUUGCUUGGGGCAUGUAGAAUCCAUGGGAAUAUAGACCUAGCAGAAAAGGCAGUGAAUUCGCUUCUUGAACUACAGCCCGAAAAUGCAGGACAUUAUGUAUUGCUUUCAAAUAUUUAUGCAAGAGCAGGUAGGUGGAAAGAUGUAGCAAAGAUGAGAGAUCUGAUGAGCCAGAGGAGACUAAAGAAAGUACCUGGUUUGACAUGGAUUGAGGUGGAUAAUAAAACUUACCAAUUUAGCACUGGAGAUAGGAUUCAUCCGCAGUCAGAAAAGAUUUAUGCUAUGCUCGAGAGUUUGGGUAAGAAGUUGGAGCUGGCUGGGUAUGUUCCUGAUACAAAUUUUGUGCUACAUGAUGUUGAUGAGGAAGUGAAGCUGGCUAUGUUGUAUUCACAUAGUGAGAAGUUGGCAAUUGCAUUUGGCCUUAUUGCCACUGCUGAUGGAACUCCUAUCAGAAUUACAAAGAAUCUGAGGGUUUGCGGUGACUGCCAUACAUUUACUAAGUUUGUAUCAGCUGUCACACAGAGGGUGAUCAUUGUCCGAGACGUAAACCGGUUUCACCACUUCAGGGAAGGGACCUGUUCAUGUGGAGAUUAUUGGUAG